AUGGCACGACAAUCUCAGCAGCUGGAGCUGGCCGAGCGGCCCACGAGCAACAUCGUGCCCGGCAAGACGUUCCGGCAGCGGAGCGUGGCGGCGCCGACCGAGGCGGACCUGAAAGACGGCCAGCUGCUGCUCGAGUGCCUGUACGUGUCAUUCGACCCGGCCAUGCGCGGCUGGCUCGACGACCGGCGCUCGUACAUCCCGCCCGUGCAGAUCGGCGAGGUCAUGCGCGCCGCCACCAUCUCGCGCGUGCUCGCCUCCCGCUCCGCCAAGGCCAAGGCCGGCGACAUCGUCACCGCCCCGCUCGGCAUCCGCGAGGUCGGCAUCAUGUCCGAGAGCCAGGUCGAGCUCGGCUCCGCGCUGGCCCCGGGCGCCAAGGUCACCGACUUGAUGGGCGUGUUCGGCCUGACGGGCCUGACCGCCUAUUUCGGCAUGACCAAGAUCGGCGAGCCCAAGGCCGGCGAUACCGUCGUCGUCUCCGCUGCCGCCGGCGCCACGGGGAGCGUGGCCGCCCAGAUCGCCAAGAUUGCCGGCGCCCGCGUCAUCGGCACCGCCGGCAGCGACGAGAAGUGCCGCUGGCUGAAGGAGGAGCUGGGUCUGGAUGUUGCGCUCAACUACAAGGACCCGGACUUUAAGGAGAAGUUCAAGGAGGCUACUCCCAAGUUUAUCGACGUGUUCUUCGACAAUGUCGGCGGCGAGCAGCUUGAGAUGGCACUCGCCCGGGCCGCCACCUUCUCCCGGUUUGUCAUGUGCGGCGCCAUCUCUCAGUACAACGCCGGCGACAAAAGGUCAGGGCCAUCGAAAAACUUCAACAAUGUCAUUGGUCAGCGGAUCAAGAUGCAAGGCUUCAUCGUCUUCGACUACGCGAGCGAGUAUGCCGCGGGGCGAACGCAGAUUGGGCAGUGGCUGGCCGAGGGCAAGCUCAAGAGGAAGGAGACGAUCCUCAAGGGUGGCAUCGCUGUGUCCGAAGAGGCACUCGAUUCCCUAUUCAAGGGUCGGAACACUGGUAAACUGAUGGUCGAGGUCAAGAACCCGGAAGAUGCGGCACGGCUAUGA